AUGAAGAUCAAUGCCAACUUCAAAGCCAUGGCGGCAAUGAACUUUGAUGCCACGAAGUACAUUUCAUCUCCGUCUUACGGUGUCAAUAGAUUCAUGUUGGACCGUAUUGGUUCAGAAAAGGCCAGAGCUACAACGAUCGUCGAGUACAAACCCGACUCCUCCUUUCCUGAGCAUGAGCACGUGGGUGGUGAAGAGUUUCUAGUCCUGACUGGAACUUUCAAGGACAAGUUUGGUGAAUUCCCAGCUGGUACCUACGUUCGGAAUCCAAUUGGUAGUAAGCACGCUCCGUGGGUCGAUGACGAUGGGUGCACAAUUUUCGUCAAGCUUCUUCAAAUGGCAGAAACAGGAGAGGGAACCAAAUCGCUGCACGUGGAAUGCUCCAAGGAAAAGAGUUCAAAGAUUUCUGAUGGCUCGUCUGCAUUGGAAAUGUAUUAUAACGAAGCGACUGGCGAGAGAGUGCAAAUGUUCUGGUUGGAGCCCAAGGCAGAAUUUUCGAUUGAUGAAUACUGUUCGCUUGGAGAGGAGCUUUUUGUGUACGAUGGAUCACUUGAAGUUGGGGAUGGUGAAGAAUAUAAAAAAUGGGGUUGGUUGCGAUUCCCUGCCGUCUCCGACGCUGACGAGAAGCGAAAAACUUUGAAGGCAGGUAGCCAAGGUGCACAAGUCUUCAGAAAAACAGGGCACCUCACCGAGAAAGCUCUUUCUAUGGAAAAGAUUCAAAUAAAGGAAGAGGAUUAA